AGCUUUGAAUAGUUCAUCUUUGAUUGGAAUAUGCCGUGUACUCAAAAAUUAGCAGCUGAAAUGUCAGUGAAGAUGGGAUUGCUUUUCUUGAUGAUGUUCCUAACAACAUCGUGUGUCUUCGCUGAACAAACAUCAGCUUCUGAAAGCUCUGAAGAAUCUCAUUUCCCAAAUUCAGAAGAGACUAAUGAGUUCGACAUUCCACAUCGCUUCUAUAGCGGCCCUAAUAGAAUUAUUGAUCCUUUGGGUAAAAGGGCACUUAGUUUCUUCGCGCAUUGGAAACCUUACUACAAUGGAGUACCAGCGGUCAACACUAGGUCAGAUAUUGUAACGGCUGUUACCAGGGGAGGACACACAAGGCCAUUAGGUCAGCCUCUGAGAUGGGGAUGAACUAUGCAAAUGUUCCAUUCCAAGUUUGAAAUUUUUUGUUGAGUUUGAGAUGAUUUCAUGUUACUAAAAAACUGCUGCAGAAAGGUGAAAAUAUUAAGAAAACAUGAAGCCAAAAUUCCUGAAAAUGUUACAAAAAUUUAGAAUUUCUCCUAUGCUUUGAAUUUCUGCUAUGCUUUACUACCUGAAGUUUUCAUUUAUUAUCAACAUCUUUGUUUCUUUAUCUGAUAUAUUUGAUAACGCUUAAAUUUACCAACAGAAUAUUUCAUGUUAGUAGUAAGAAAGAAAUGAAAAAAUUGGAUAUAGUUGAAUAUAGUUGAAGGUAUCCAAUUUACAUGAGUUCUUAUUCAUGAAAUAAAGUUCUAAAGUUUUCAUUCAAUAUUUCAUGUAAUAAAAUAGCACUCCAUUUUUAUAUACAGUUUUAUGUAAAUAAUGGCAUUAUGAAAGUAAAAUGCUGUGCAUGAAACACAUUUUUUUAUUAAAAAUGCACAUUAUUUAUAAAUCUUUGAUUAAUUGUGAAUUAAAGACUUUUUUCAUUUAAUGUUUCCAAAAUGGCUGUAGAAAUUAUCUGAACAACUUCAUUUAUAUUGCGAGGAUUUACAGUAAAUAAAUAUUAUUCGUGUCCUUCAAGAAAUACAAUAAAUGCAAGUAAGCCAUAAAAAGGAGUAAAGUGAAAUACUAGUUUUUGUUGAGUUUUUUAUUUAAGAAAGAAUUCUUAAAAACUAGUUAUGAUUUAGAAAUUAUCUCUGAAAACUUUUCAGCAGCAAGAAUUAAAAAUUUAAACAGAUAAAAAAUAAGCUGAAAGAUAUCAGAACUAAGCUGGAAACUACUUUCUGCUGCAGUCUUUUAGAGUAUAUUGUGAAAGAGUCUUGUGAAAUGUUAGUUUAAAAUUUCAUAUGUUUUCAAUUUUUAUUUUUAGUUUUCUGCAAAUCUUAGCAUUUUCAGACAAAAUUCUUCGCUCGCUUUGUGUAAGUUUAUUUGUAAUAUUACUUUUGAUGGAUAUAAAGAUAAGUCAUUCAUUAUAUUAAAAAAUGUAUAUUGAUUGAAUAAGUUGAAAAUGAAAUGUCAAAACUUUCUAUUUAUUGUUUUAAAUCAUCAUUGUUUGUAAUCAUCUUCAUUUAACCUCCAUUCUUUUUAUUCUUCAUUAAUAUGAAGAGGCCUGAAGUUAUAUAUUAAUGUUAGAAAGCAUAAAAUAUUAAAGAUGUUUUUUCGUUUAAAAGUGAGAGAAUUAUUUUCUGUUAUAAAAACCGUUUUCCUGAACUUACAAACAAUUACUCUGAGUUAUGUUCUUCAAAAAUAAAAUGCUUCAUUUAACAAUAAAAGCAAACGGAAGCAUUCAAAUACUUUCUAUUCUUAGGAAUUAUUUGAUUAGAUUGCUAAUCAUUUUUGGAAUGUGCAUAUCUGUCAAACUGUAAGAGCUCUUUAAUUAUAAAAUGACUAAAUUGCUUAAGUUAUCUAAAUUGAGAACGCCACUGAACCAUUUAUUUUGAAAUAUUUCUUUGUGCUCUCGAGAUAUUAUUUUAUUUAUUAAAUUUACUCAAAAACAGCAUCUUCAAUGAAAUUUAUAAUUACUAGUAUCCACAAACGUAAGAAAAUGUAAUUGAAUUAAUUAAUGAUUUAUUUUCCAAAAAUUCCAGAUGAAGAAUUACGUAUAACUUUUAUUUGUUACAUAUGUAGCACUGUAAAAUAAAUCAAUAAAUGACGGAAUUAAGAAUGCUGAAUAAAA